GGAAGCCACCAGUGGUGGAGCAGGCGAAGACGGAAAGGAGGGAAAGAUAGACGGUGGAGAAAGACAGGAGGCAGGGAGACAGACGCAAGAAGGGGAGACAGUCCCCCCGAAAAGAGCGUUUCACCUCGGCUGACCGUCUGUUACGUUACGAAAACGUCACUUCGAGACACAAAAGCAGCCGGGUAACUGAGGAGGAUAUUUUACUGGCCUUUCUUCUUCCACGGAGCGUAUUUCACAACCGAAGGAAGCAACGUAAACACAGCCGCAGUGAUCCCAUCAUCCUGGGCUGUGUGGAUAAUCUGGCUGCUUUUAUCUGAAGGGAUGCCCUAUUGAUUUGUGCUUUCCAACAAAGCUCGGUGAUUACAGCGAAGAUGUUGAAAAGGCCUUGAUCACCGCUAUGUCAACACUUCAUGAGGAUAGUUCAAUUCAGGAAGGACUACAGUAGCGGACUGACAGAUUUAUUUUCAGGUGUUACCGUCAGGGGAACUUCAGCCUUUCUUUUUUGCUCUUUCUAGUCUGAGUUUUUCUGCAUUUUUGAGCAUGCAUUUUUGAUGAACUCAUCUGAACCAGACACUCUUUCAGCUCUACUGCAUCCACUGCAAAUUGUCUCAACAUGUACGGAAGCUCCCGCUCUGUCUCCAAGCUCGAUGUUAUUGGAUCAAAUGGAAAUGGAUCGAUGUCAGGAAGCCCCGGCCGCUCCCCUCGCCUUCCUCGCUCACCGCGCCUCGGACACCGCCGAAACAGCAGCAGCAGCUCCACGGGUGGACUCACCGGCUCCGGAAAAACCCUCUCCAUGGAAAACAUUCAGUCUAUUAAUGCUGCCUACGCUACAGGCGGUCCGAUGUACUUCACUGACACAGCUGAAGAUCCGGUUGGAAUCGGGAGCCUGGGCAGCGGGUUGAAUCCCUCGAUCCCCAAAAACACCAUGACACUGGGCAGGGCUGGGGCCAGGGUGCCCUAUGGGGUGAGAGCGGCCGUUAUGGGUAGCAGUCCUAACAUUAACAGUGGAGGGGGAGGGGGAGGGGGAGUCAGCGGAGCGCUCAUGCCAAGUGAUGCCAUUGCAUUUGGUGGGGAUAUGCAGAACCAGCCUCCACAGGCGGCAACUGUGCCCCACUCCAUGAGACAGGUGAGAGAAGGUGCAAUGACGGACCUUCAGACACAACUGCGUGAAGUGCUCAGAGAGAAUGAACUACUACGCAGAGAGCUGGAGGCCAAAGAGUCCAAGCUGAGCUCCUCUAUGAACUCCAUUAAGACGUUUUGGAGUCCAGAGCUGAAGAAAGAGCGAGCACUGAGGAAGGAUGAAGCCACAAAGAUGACAGUGUGGAAGGAGCAAUACAGAGUGGUGCAGGAGGAGACACAGCAUCUCCAGUGCACCAUCCAGGCGCUACAAGAUGAGCUCCGAAUCCAGCGAGAUCUCAACCAACUUUUCCAGUCCGAUUACUCCGAGACCGGCCUCUUCGGAAACCAGCCAAUCACCCCUCAGGAAAUGACGGAGGAGAACUUCCUGCGUCUGCACGGCGAGUAUGAGCGACAGGUGAAGGAGCUGUUUCUCCUGAGGAAGACUCUGGAAGAAAUGGAGCUGAGGAUAGACACACAGAAACACACAUUAAAUGCAAGGGAUGAAUCGAUAAAGAAGUUGCUGGAAAUGUUACAGAGUAAAGGCCUGUCAGCGAGACAAACCGAAGAAGACCACGAAAGAACCAGGCGACUCGCAGAUGCUGAGAUGACGAUCCACCAGCUGGAGGGUCUGCUGGAGCAAAAAGACAAGGAGAUGCUACAACUCAGAGAGGAGCUGCACCGGAGAUACGAAGCAGCUCCAGAGUCAACGAAGACCAAGGCCCUGCAGACCGUCAUCGAAAUGAAGGAUGCCAAGAUCAGCUCACUGGAGCGUGCUAUGAGAGAGCUGGAGGAGGAGGUGAAUAUGCUCAAGUCCAACGGAGCUCUGAGCAGCGAGGAGAGGGAGGAGGAGAUCAAACAGAUGGAGGUCUACAGAUCCCACUCCAAGUUCAUGAAGAACAAGGUUGAGCAGCUGAAGGAAGAGCUAACUCAAAGCCAAUCAGAGAACGAGGAGCUAAAGCAACGAGCCAAUGAGCUUCAGCAGGAGAUGUCUGCAAUGGAUCAGGCAAAGCAGGAGCUGAGCCGUAAGGACAGCGAGCUGCUGGCUUUCAGGACCAAACUGGACACUUUAGCCAAUCAGUUUUCUGACAGUAAACAACAUGUGGACGUCCUCAAGGAGUCCCUCACUGCCAAGGAACAGAGAGCUGCUAUACUGCAGACUGAGGUGGAUGCUCUGCGUCUGCGUCUAGAGGAAAAAGAGUCGCUCCUUUCUAAAAAGACUCAACAGAUAUCAGAGUUGACAGAGGAGAAAAGCACUCAGAAUGGAGAGAUCACCGACCUCAAAGACAUGCUGGACGUUAAGGAGCGCAAAGUUAAUGUGCUGCAGAAAAAGAUCGAGAACCUCCAGGAUCAGCUGAGGGACAAAGAGAAGCAACUGAGCGGCCUGAAAGACCGAGUCAAAUCUUUACAGACAGACACGUCGAACACAGACACAGCGCUGGGAACACUGGAGGAGGCUCUGGCUGAGAAGGAGCGAAUCAUCGAGCGGCUGAAGGAGCAGCGGGAGAGGGAGGAGAGAGAAAAGGGGGAGGAGGUGGAGACCAGCAAGAAGGAGCUGAAGGAGUUGAGGGAGAAAGUCUCGCAGCUGCAGGCUGACCUCGCCGACCGUGAGACGGCAGUGUUGGAUCUGAAGGAGAAGGCGUCCUCUCUGGCAUCGUCCACUCUGAAGAAGGAUAACCGGCUGAAGAGUCUGGAGAUCGGCCUCGAGCAGAAGAAAGAGGAGUGUAUCAAACUGGAGAACCAGCUCAAGAAGGCUCAGAGCGCAGCAGCAGAUUCCCAGGCCAGCGCUGAACUCGCCGAACGCAUCUCCUGUCUGGAGAAGGAAGUGUCCCAGCACAAAGAGGAUGCUGGGAAGGCUCAAUCCGAGGUCGAAAGACUUCUGGAGAUCCUGAGGGAGAUGGAGAACGAAAAGAAUGACAAGGAGAAAAAGAUCCACGAGUUAGAGAGUCUUGCCUCAAGGCAAAUGAAGGACCAGUCGAAGAAGGUGGCCAACAUGAAGCACAAAGAGCAGCUGGAGAAGAACAGAAACGCCCAGCUUAUGGAAGAGGCCAAGAAGAGGGAGGACAAUAUGAACGAGAGCUCCCAGCAGUUUAAGGACUCCCUCCGUCAGAAGGAGGAGCGCAUCGAGGAGCUGGAGGAGGCGCUGAGGGAAAGCGUUCAGAUCACGGCUGAGAGGGAGGUGGUGCUCGCCCAGGAGGAGCAGGCACGUGUACAGUCUGAGAAACAGGUGGAGGACCUGCUCGUCGCCAUGGAGAAAGUGAAGCAGGAACUGGAGGUGAUGAAAGCCAAGCUGUCGUCGACUCAACUCUCACUGGCUGAAAAGGAAGGUCACCUGACCGCCCUGCGAGCUGAGAGGCGGAAACACCUGGAGGAGGUCCUGGAGAUGAAGCAAGAGGCGUUACUGGCAGCCAUAAGUGAGAAAGACGCCAACAUUGCCCUGCUGGAGCUCUCCUCGUCCAAGAAGAAGAAAACUCAGGAGGAGGUGGCAGCACUGAAGAGGGAGAAGGACGGUCUGGUUCACCAGCUCAAACAGCAGACUCAAAACCGGAUGAAGCUAAUGGCCGACAACUAUGAGGAUGACCACCUGAAGGUCGCCUCCCCAAACUCAGAGCAGCCCAACAAUCACAAGCCCUCCCCAGACCAGAUUCUCUCUCCUCUCCUGGAUCUCAAUCAGAACCGCAGCAAACUGAAGCUGUACAUCAGUCACCUGACCUCACUGUGUCAGGAGCGAGACCCAAUCAUAUUGCAGGACUUUGCCCCGCCCCCUGCCUAUCACCGCUCUGACUCUGCCUCCUGGCAUACGCAGCUUCACAGCAUGACGCAGGAACAGUUGGAAGCGGAGUUGGCGCAGUGCGAGAGGGAGGGGGCGGAGCUCCAGGAGUAUGCCAACCAGGUCCUGCAGCAGAUCGCCGACCGAUGCCCCGACAUUUUGGAACAAGUCGUCAAUGCUCUGGAGGACAGCUGCUGACACACAGAUGAACACACAUACAUCAACAUGAAACCCUGAUGGUAUUGGACGUGAGGAUGAAGACUUUCUUCCUCAUAUGCACUCAUUUCAUUUCCUCAGAAAGGACGGCCAUCUGUGGGGAAAAAAAUCACAACAUUAUCAAAAUAAAAUCCCCCACUGUGUUGUUAAUCCCUGUCAUUUUGAACAACUCCAGCUGUGGGGAAUAUUGUCCAUGUUUUCAGCUUAGAGUGCUCUGUUGGCAUGCAGAUUUAUUGGGAUUAGUCAGACAUUAAACCUUGUUUUCUUUACUACUUUCAAACAGAGGGAACCUGCACUGCACUUGCUACCAUGGCCAUCUUCAGUCCACUGAGGCCAUCAGAAGUUGGACUUGUCAUCGUUAUUUCAUUUAUUUUACAGAGCAGAAAGAUGUUCAAACUUUACAAAGAAAGUGAAAGUGACUCUGAGCUCACCAGGUAGUUUCUGAUGCCAGACUUACAUGCUGUUACCACAUCAUUAUUUGAUUGGUUCAGAUACAAGCGUGUGUUUAUUUCAGCUGCCUUUGAUUCUUUACAUCAUUUGCUGCUAUCUUUUUAACUUUUAGUUUCUUUUUUUCCUGCCUGAUAUCUGAUGAAACGUCCCCACCUGUCGUUCUCUCCCUAAUCUCUACAUAGUUGUGUAAAUUGUACAGCUCUCAUCAGGGGAACACGGCACCUCUCCUUUUUUUCCUUUUCUGAUGAAUGGCACAAAUCGCAAUACUCCCUUUAUUAACACACACCGGUGUAGAUGUUUUGUGUUAAAAGCAGGAAUUGCUCUGUUUUGCUUUCCAGAUAAUCCCUCACUUACCGCUUUUGUGACAAUCCCUUCAGAGAUUUUGUGGAGGAACCUGACUUUUUGGAUUUUCCUGUUUUAAAACUUUUUUUUCUUGGUAGGGAGGGAAUAAAAAGGAUAACUAUAUAUUUUUGCCUUUGGUAAUAUAUAUAAAACACUAAUCUUGUUUAAUUGAAAGUAUUGUCAUGUAUUGGUUGUUUUGUUGCAUAAUGUGUCAAAGGCUUUGUCUGUGUGAGUUAGAGUAACCACAACUUUGUUGCAUUAUCAGGCAGACUGUUCAUGGGAACUUCAAUGCACAUUUUUCUCAUUUUUUCUUGUUUUUUUGCCGUGGAAAUGACACUGAUGCAUGCCCAGACAGCCUUAGCAUGAAUUCAACGCCAACAGCUCUGAGCUCUUGAGGUUCAACGAUUUCAAAUUCAAUUUAAAGCUCCUCUUAUGCUUCAUUUUAGCAGAAGUGGGUGAACACGGACUUGGACGUACCUGAUGGACACAAAGACGGAGGUCCUCACUGCAGACUGGUUUCACCCUCUCAUAAGACUCUAACAGGCACUUUAUCUGUUCAUUAAAAUACCACAUGGGUGUAAAUGAGGAGUUUCAGUCUAAAACAUUAACAUUGUUUGCCACUUUUUCAAAUGUCAGCAGUUUCAAGUUUCUUAAAGCUUUAACGAUCAUUUAAAGUCCCUGAAACAUUUCAAAGGUCCUGAUUUUGGAAUUUAACAGUGUAUUUUCUCACAGUUCCAUUUUUUUUUUCAAAUAAUGGGUGGAAAACAAAAAAACUGAGUUGUUUUUCUUUUUUUUUUUAAUUCUAAAAAUUUAAAGCGUUAAAAAUCUUUUCUGUUUGUUUGUUUUUUGUUUCUGGAAAAAAAAAACAGAAAAGCAGACCACUUUCCUGUCUAUUGUUUCUAAGAGAAUUCAGGAAAAAAAGCCAUUUUUCUGAGAUGUUUUUUGUUUUUGUUUUGUUUCUGAAAAAAAACACUGAGAAACAAACUAUUUCCCAGUUUUUUGUUUCUGAAAAAAAUUGACAAAACCAA